ACUCAACAAUGCCUGCCCCUCUCUGACUGCACUGUCCCGCCGCCGCUGCUGCCGCCGCCGCGCCCAAGCCAAGUCGAGCGGGGGCGGUCCCCACCGACGGCGCAGCCCUCGGGCCCGCCCGGAACCAGGAGGUGAGCCGCGCGCUCACAGCUCCGUGCGCCCGCCCGUCCCAGCGCCCGCCAGGUGCCCCAAAGCCUGCCGCCGAGAUGCACAGCUCGCCGUUGCUCCUGGCGCUGUGUCUUUGCGUUGUGCUGUGCGCAUUGGCGCGCGCGGGCAGCGACCCCCAGCCUGGCCCGGGGCGUCCCGCCUGCCCCGCUCCCUGCCACUGCCAGGAGGAUGGCAUCAUGCUGUCAGCUGACUGCUCCGAGCUCGGUCUCUCAGAGGUGCCAGCGGACCUGGACCCCCUGACGGCUUACCUAGACCUCAGUAUGAACAACCUCACGGAGCUUCAGCCGGGUCUCUUCCACCACCUGCGCUUCCUGGAGGAGCUGCGGCUCUCGGGGAACCACCUCUCACACAUCCCAAGACAGGCAUUCUCUGGCCUCCACAGCCUCAAAAUUCUGAUGCUGCAGAGCAACCAGCUCCGAGGGAUCCCAGCAGAGGCGCUGUGGGAGCUGCCCAGCCUGCAGUCGCUGCGCCUAGAUGCUAACCUCAUCUCCCUGGUCCCUGAGAGAAGCUUUGAGGGGCUGUCCUCCCUCCGCCACCUCUGGUUGGAUGACAAUGCACUCACCGAGAUCCCUGUCAGAGCUCUCAACAACCUUCCUGCCCUACAGGCCAUGACCUUGGCUCUCAACCGCAUCCGCCACAUCCCUGACUAUGCCUUCCAGAACCUCACCAGUCUUGUGGUGCUGCAUCUACAUAACAACCGCAUCCAGCAUGUGGGGACCCACAGCUUCGAGGGGCUGCACAAUCUGGAGACACUAGACUUGAACUAUAAUGAGCUGCAGGAGUUCCCCGUGGCUAUCCGGACCCUGGGCAGGCUGCAGGAAUUGGGUUUCCACAACAACAACAUCAAGGCUAUCCCAGAGAAGGCCUUCAUGGGCAACCCUCUCCUGCAGACAAUACACUUUUAUGACAACCCGAUCCAGUUUGUGGGAAGGUCAGCAUUCCAGUACCUGUCUAAACUGCAUACGCUAUCCUUGAAUGGUGCCACUGACAUCCAGGAGUUCCCAGACCUCAAAGGCACCACUAGCCUGGAGAUUCUGACCCUGACCCGUGCAGGCAUCAGACUGCUCCCAGCGGGAAUGUGUCAACAGCUGCCUAGGCUCCGAAUCCUGGAGCUGUCUCAUAAUCAGAUUGAGGAGCUACCCAGCCUGCACAGGUGUCAGAAGUUGGAGGAAAUUGGCCUCCAGCAUAACCGGAUCUGGGAAAUUGGUGCAGAUACCUUCAGCCAGCUGAGUUCCUUGCAAGCUCUAGAUCUGAGUUGGAAUGCCAUCCGUGCCAUUCACCCCGAGGCUUUCUCAACCCUUCGAUCCUUGGUUAAGCUGGACCUGACUGACAACCAGCUGACCACACUGCCCCUGGCUGGGCUGGGAGGCCUGAUGCACCUGAAGCUCAAGGGGAACUUGGCCCUGUCUCAGGCCUUCUCCAAGGACAGUUUCCCCAAACUGAGGAUCCUGGAGGUGCCUUACGCCUACCAGUGCUGUGCCUAUGGCCUCUGUGCCAACUUCUUCAAGACCUCUGGGCAGUGGCAGGCCGAGGACUUUCAUGCAGAGGAAGAAGAGGCACCAAAGAGGCCCCUGGGUCUCCUUGCUGGACAAGCUGAGAACCACUAUGACCUAGACCUGGAUGAGCUCCAGAUGGAGACAGAGGACUCAAAGCCACACCCCAGUGUCCAGUGCAGCCCUGUUCCAGGCCCCUUCAAGCCCUGCGAGCACCUCUUUGAGAGCUGGGGCAUCCGCCUUGCUGUGUGGGCCAUCGUGCUGCUCUCGGUACUCUGUAACGGGCUGGUGCUGCUUACAGUCUUUGCUGGCGGGCCCAGCCCGUUGUCUCCGGUCAAGCUUGUGGUGGGUGCGAUCGCUGGCGCCAACGCCCUAACGGGCAUUUCCUGCGGCCUCCUGGCCUCAGUGGACGCCUUGACCUUCGGCCAGUUCGCGGAGUAUGGAGCCCGCUGGGAGACCGGGCUAGGCUGCCAGGCUACGGGCUUCCUAGCCGUCCUGGGGUCGGAGGCGUCGGUGCUGCUGCUCACGCUGGCGGCCGUGCAGUGCAGCGUCUCUGUGACCUGCGUCCGGGCCUACGGGAAGGCGCCGUCGCCCGGUAGCGUCCGCGCAGGCGCACUGGGAUGCUUGGCGCUGGCUGGGCUGGCCGCCGCGCUGCCGCUGGCCUCGGUGGGGGAGUAUGGUGCCUCCCCGCUCUGCCUGCCCUACGCCCCUCCCGAGGGCCGCCCGGCCGCCCUAGGCUUCGCCGUAGCCCUGGUGAUGAUGAACUCGCUCUGCUUCCUCGUGGUGGCCGGUGCCUACAUCAAGCUCUACUGCGACCUGCCUCGGGGUGACUUUGAGGCCGUGUGGGACUGCGCCAUGGUGCGGCAUGUGGCCUGGCUCAUCUUUGCAGAUGGCCUUCUCUACUGCCCCGUGGCCUUCCUCAGCUUUGCCUCCAUGCUGGGCCUCUUCCCGGUCACCCCUGAGGCUGUCAAGUCGGUUCUUCUGGUGGUGUUGCCUCUGCCCGCCUGCCUGAACCCACUGCUCUACCUGCUCUUCAACCCUCACUUCCGGGAAGACCUUCGGAGGCUCUGGCCGAGCCCUCGGUCCCCAGGGCCUCUAGCUUAUACUGCAGCCGGUGAGCUGGAGAAGAGCUCCUGCGACUCCACCCAAGCCCUGGUGGCUUUCUCUGAUGUGGAUCUUAUUCUGGAAGCUUCUGAGGCUGGGCAGCCUCCUGGGCUAGAGACCUAUGGCUUCCCUUCAGUGACCCUCAUCUCCCGUCAUCAGCCAGGGGCUACCAGGCUGGAGGGAAACCAUUUUGUGGAGCCUGAUGGAACCAAGUUAGGGAACCCACAACCUCCCAUGAAUGAAGAACUGCUGCUGAGGGCAGAGGGAGCCACACUGGCAGACUGUUCUGCAGGUGGAGCCCUCUGGCCCUCUGGCCCUCUCUUUGCCUCUCACUUGUAAAUAACCCCCCCCCCCAAUUUGUCCUCCCUCCUCCCAAUGAUGGCUGCUUAUAAAAGAAAGACAACUACAGCUCCGCAGCAGAAUGGCCAACGCCCCUGGCUCCAUUGUUCACCGUGGCCAUAACAAGGUGUGCUUCCAGGUCUUGCUUUGUCUUGGCCUUCAGCUUCACGGUCACCCUGGGCCUUCCCUGUCCAAUCCGAGUAUGUAUGACAGAGACCUGGGAAAUUUACUUAGGAGAAAGGAGGAAAGCAAAAGACAGUGAAGGCUGUGGGAGGCUGACAGAGUUGCGACCAGUGAGUUACACAGUGAGCGGGGAGGCCUCACAGAGAAAGGCACUGGAAGGCAACUACCAAAGACAUUGGAGUGUCCCGCCUACGGCGUGUGGAUAGCAUAGAAAACGUGUUCUGCGUCCCACCAAUCUUGACCUAUGCUGUGCCAAAGUGCUUCCAGUUAAGAUACGCUUUGGCAGACAUUGCAUAUUAUGCCCCUUUCUUAGAGUCAUGGGGUCAUGUUAGUGUCUAAAAGGUCCUAAGAAUUAGGACCUUUUGGCUUAAUGAUGACAGCAGUUAAACGUACUUAUUUGAUGAUAGGUUUCUGUUUGCUUUUCAUGGAACGCUUACAAAUCUCUCGCAGAACUUAGCACGGUUUUCUCCCAGGGACCUCGUCUUAACACCGUGGAGUGCAACCCUAUGACAUCACAAGAUGCCACCCUCUUCGAAAGCCCCUAAGAAGUCAAGCGUCAGAGGUGACUGGCAUCAUCCGGGACAGAUUUUGCAUUCUGCUCCUCUCCCACCCCACUUAUCCUACUGGGGCAGACACCUGCAGAGCCUGCCUCAGUCCCACAGGUGGGGUGGGGAGAAAGAGAUCCUUGUGCGUGCUCCCACCCCAACCCAACCCCAAGCAAUAAUGAAAUUUCUGCCCUCAGCAAGACAGGAUUCUAAGGUCCUGGCAAGAUUUGCACUGCUCUAUGGGCUUCCCCAACUCUUACGUUACCUUCAUAUGGUUUUACACUGUAUGCAUCUCACCGCGGCCCGGAACCUUUCUUCUCAUCCCAAUCCUGUUUGAGGGGACGGGGGGCAGGGACGGACAACCCAAGACAAGGGAUAUUUGUGCUGUGGGUAUUGCAUCUUAUGGAGGGCUGUAGCUAACUGGGACUCCUGGGUGACCCCAACAGGCCUUUGAUCCUCUGUCUCUCCCCGCUUGAUCUUUCUUACCUUAUGCUUCCCCAAGUGCAGCUGAGGGACUACACAGUGGCUCCCGCCCCACUCCAAACACAGGAAAUCAAUCUCAGGGAGAGGAGAUAAGAAGUGAGGAGAAGCCAAGAUUCAGCCAAUAGAUGGUAAUUGCUCCUGGGACCGCCCCCCCAAGCAUCAUUUCCAUAGGAAGGACUGAGUUUGGCUCCUGAAGCCCAGUGGAGUACCUUUCUCUGCCUGAAUUCUGUUGUGAUCCCUGGCCAAGUCCUCUUUCCAGAAACCCCACCUUUAAAACCAGCUGAGAAGGACCUUCUUCUCUAUGUUUAAUAGUUAACUUUCCAUAGCUUAGCUUCCCUGCAGUCUCCCGAGUGCCCAGUUAAAAUUCUGCCAUAGGUCAAAAGUGGGGUUGAGAGGUGAGUCAGAGGCCAUGCAUGGAGCUCAGAACGUUUCUAAACCUCCUGUGAUUCAUUGAGUAGCCCCUAGACUCUAGAAGGCUCAGAUGCCAAAAAGGGUGACUUUAUAAUUUCUUAGGGUCUUCUCAUGGGAUCGUUUUCAGAGUGGGCAUUCACUAAAUGAUAGCAAGUUUAUUAAUUGUUUCCCAGUGCCUGAUCUCUUUAUUUCCCCAGGGCUUCCAACCAGAGCCCUUGGUUGAAAGUCUCCCACCCACCCCCCACCCUGAGACUUGGUGGUUUUCUGAGAUUCCCCAGGGAUGGCAAAAUUGGCAUUCUUACAGGGAGCCCUGACUUCUAGCACGUUACCUAGAUUUUUUACCCUGCUCUCUCUGCCUAUUUUACUAUGGGAUCACUGUUCUCUUUGGACUUAAGGAACCAGCCUUGAAGUAGAGUGAGGUGACCACGUGUUGGUGGUCGAAGAAUAUAGGCAUUGUUCCUUAAAGAGAUCUUCUAUGAAGUCAGCCAGCCCCUUUGGGCUGCAAGCUUUAGCAUGGCACAGUUGUCACCUUACUGCCUGCUAAGUCUGGAUGUCAACCAAAGUUCAACUCUCUAAUUAAAGAAGAGGCAAGGGAGAAGAGAGUUGAAGUGUCUUCCAUAAACUUUUAUCCAAAAAUGUCUAGCCAGGAAUGGUGGUGCACACCAAUAAUCCCAACAUGUGGGAUGUGGAGGCAGGAAGAUGGAUGGUAAGGGGCAUCCUCAGCUACAUAAUGAGUUUGAGGCUAGACUAGGCUAGACUCUGUCUCAAAAAAAAAAAAAAAAACCAAAUCAGGCAAACAAACAAAACACCGAAAUACUAGUUCAUAUACCUUUACCCCAAUAAGAUUGAGUAGUAAACUUUCUUUGUGUUUUAUUUUGGGUCAAGUUUCUAGCAAGUCAGAACGCCAUUCCUUUGGUUAUCUCCUUUGUAAUCAGUUGAAGACCACGUGUCUUCUUCUAAGCAAAUUUCUGGGUCUCUGUUCUACAUAUUUGGAUCUGACAAGAAAGACCACAAGUCUUUGACUGAUCAUGGGAUGAAAAUUUGAACUGUUCAGAGCACCUAAGUCCUCUGUCGUUAUCAUUAACAAAAUCUUCCCAAAUAGCGGCCAAGGAAAAGAAUCCACUCCAGGGGCUAAGAUGGCGGUGGUGGAAAGGCCAGGACGUGUGUGUCCCAGCUUGAGCUCUGUGUGCUGUGCCAUUAGGUAGUGCCCAGCGCUAUCUUCUCUUAGAAGAGAACUCACAGCGGGUCACGGAUUGUCAAGUAUCUCAUCAAAAUGAAAAACCAAAAACAAAUGUAGAGCUAACAUUGGGAGACUGUUAUGCGUUGACUGAGCUUCUUACGGGCCCGACCCUCCCUCCUUACCUCCUCUCCUAGUCCUUUGGGCUCACUUUUCCAGGAAGAGUAAAGGCUUACAAAGUAAAGUAGGAGGAGAAGGAAGCGCUGGCAAUGGGCAGUAGGCUCUUGGAGCGAGGAUGGAAGAGGUAUUAGGAACCCCAUUGGUCCUUGCCCCAGUCCCUACGACUACCUCUGCUCUUGGUUACCAAGUUCUCCUACCUAUGACUUACCACCUCCACACCCUUUCUGGGUUCCAGUCCCAUGCCCCGCCCCACCCCCCAGCCAUGUGAACUAUAAAAAUUGUCAAGAUGUAAAUAUCUGGUUCUUCUGUAUAAUAAAGCACCUAUGAAGUAC